GUUGAAGUGUGUCAUCAGUAGAUCAGUAUGGAGUUCAGUUCUCUUCUUCUAGUGCUCUUGAUGAUUUUACAGAUCCACUCUGAACAAACUGCAGAAAGACUGAAAGCUCGAGUGUCUGUUUGGCCUGAUGGACGAUUAUUCAGAGAAGAAACUGUCACUCUCACAUGUGUCAUCAGUGGAGGAGGAGUCACUAAAUGGCAGUACAGCUGGUUUAAAGAUUCAUACUACAACACUGUCAGUUAUCAACAGAAUUACACAAUCAGAUCUGUUAGUGAGUCUGACGCAGGUAAAUACACCUGUAGAGGAACAGAGAUCAGAGGAUCACGAUCAUCAGACACCAGUGAUGCAGUUACACUGACAGUAUCAGAUAUUCCCAAACCAUCUCUGACUGUUCGGCCACAGUCUGUGUUCACUGGAGACUCAGUUACUCUGACCUGUGAGGUGCAUCAGUCCACUGGAUGGAAGUUUAUCUUUUACACACCAUCACAUGAAAACUAUGAAGCUUCAGGAACUAAAACAAUCAAAGUCUAUUAUGGAGGACAAUAUGAGUGCAUUGCCAGAAGAGGAAACUAUUACUCACAUUACAGUGACCCCAUAACAGUGACAGUAAAGAAAAGACCGAAACCUCAAGUGUCUGUUUGGCCUGAUGGACGAUUAUUCAGAGGAGAAACUGUCACUCUCACAUGUGUCAUCAGAGGAGGAGGAGUCACUAACUGGCUAUACAGCUGGAAUAAGACAAGACAUAGUCAGCUCUCACAAUACAAUAUCAGUAAUCUACAGUAUUACACAAUUAGUUCUGUUAGUGAGUCUGACGCAGGUCAAUACACCUGUAGAGGAACAGAGGCCGAUGGAUCAGGAUCAUCACACACCAGUGAUGCAGUUACACUGACAGUAUCAGGAUCAAAACCAAAAGCUGAACUCACAUCAGAUACUGAAGGAUCUGUACUGACGGGAAACACAGUGACUCUGACGUGUCUCAUGAAUCAGUUCACUGGAUGGAAGUUUAACUGGUAUCAACACACACAGAACACUGAGAAGACGACAACAGAUACAAACACCUACACAAUGUCCAAUGUUAGAGUUUCAGAUGGAGGUCAGUACUGGUGUAGAGCUGGAAGAGGGAAUCCAGUCUAUUACACAGACUACAGUGAUGUUCUGUGGAUCAAUGUUACAGAGAGUCCUAAAGCAGUUUUGAGAGUUGAGCCUGACAAACAGCUGUUCUCAGGAGAAACUGUCAUUCUGAGAUGUGACAUACAGACUAAACAAGACACUGAGUGGACAUACAGCUGGACUGUAGAGAAAUAUAACCAACAGUAUACAGUCAACCGAUGCAAAACACAAGAGUGUAAAAUCAGAGUUGAUCACAGUGACAGCGGUCACUACACGUGUAGAGGAAAGAGUGUAAAUGGACAAAACUCUGAGAAGAGUGAAGCUGUUACACUGACUGUAUCAUCAUAUAAACCCAAGACACUUUUAAGAGUUUCUCCACAGCAGUGGCUGACUGAAGGAGAUUCAGUGACUCUGAUGUGUGAGGUUAACAGAUCCUCUACAGGCUGGACAUUCAGCUGGUUCACUAAACACAAUCUCUCCUCAGGUUAUGAUUUGGUGUCAGACAGCAGUGGAGGAUCUAAAGGAAACUACACUGUGAGUUCUGCUGCUCUGAAGCACACAGGAGUUUAUAUGUGCGGAGCAGAGAGAGGAGAUCCAGUCUAUCACACACACAACAGCAGCACACAACCACUGUGGAUCACUGGUGUUUCUUCUUCAGUGUCUCUGAUCAUCAGACCCAACAGAACUCAACACUUCUCAUCUGAAUCUCUCUCUCUGAGCUGUGAGGAUCACAGGAACUCUACUGGAUGGACAGUGAGAAGAUACACAAACACACUGGAAACUUGUUCAUCAUCAUCAGUCAGAUCUACAGGAACAGAAUCUACAUGUACAAUCAGAUCUCUCAUCACAUCUGACACUGGAGUGUACUGGUGUGAGUCUGAAUCUGGACACAAACUUCAUCCUGUUAAUAUCUCAAUACACAAUGGUGAUGUGAUUCUGGACAGUCCUGUUCAUCCUGUGACUGAAGGAGAUUCUCUGACUCUUCACUGUUUAUAUCGAGAUAAAAACCCAUCAAACCUCAGAGCUGAAUUCUAUAAAGAUGGAUCAGUGGUGCAGAAUCAGACUACAGGAGACAUGAUGAUCAUCUCUACAGUCUCAAAGUCACAUGAGGGUUUCUACUACUGUAAACACCCAGAGAGAGGAGAGUCUCCAAAGAGCUGGAUCUCAGUCACAGUCUCUUCACCUCGUGGUCUGAGAGUGGCUGUUGGAUUGAGCUUCAUGUUUUUGAUCAUUGUCUUGGUUCUGCUGUGGAGCUACAGAAACAAAAAAGGUAAAGUGUCUGAGUCUCCCUCUAGUGUCAGUGCACAGCAGAACAUCAGUCAGACAUCAGUUCAGAAACAAAGUGAAGACACUCCACUGCAGUCUGGUCAGUCAUCAUCAACUUAUGAAGAUGCUCAUAUUUAUGACUCAGUUGGUGCAGCCGAUAAUAAAAACACACGCACAGCAGUGACUGUGAUCAGCCCCAGUGAUGAACUGUAUUCACAGGUCGAGAGAAAGAAACGCAAGAGCAAAGACAAUGUAAGUGCAGAAGCUGAUCUCACCUAUGCUGAGAUUGAACUGAAGCCUAAGAAAGAAGUGAAGAAAAAGAAAGAGAAGAAAGAGAAUAACAAAGAGAGUGAAGACACGCUGUACUCAAACCUGAAGAUGAAUGAACAUCGAGAUGUUGUUUAUGGAUAUAGUGAUGUGACAUAUGCUCAGAUUAAAUAUAACACCAGAGGAGAAAAAACAAGAAACAUACAAACAUGGAAUAAAUAAUGAUAAGACCCUUGUUUUAGAUUUCAUUAUCGGCCGAAUCUAACAAAUCUUUCAAUGUUUUGCUUUAAAAUUAGA